AGAUUGCAGCGGUUACUGGUAAAUGUCCUGUAGUCGCUGGACGGGAGCGGCCUGCGGAACGAGUCUCACUUUGUGUAUAAAAGCCGAGCGAGCGAAACGCCGCCCCGAGCGGGUCAGUGUGCGUUGAUGCCACACUCGAGCGAGAGGUAGGAAGGGGAAAAACGGGGCUGUAAUGGCAGACAUCCGGAAGAAACUAGUGGUGGUCGGAGACGGCGCGUGCGGGAAGACGUGUCUUUUGAUCGUAUUCAGCAAAGACGAGUUUCCCGAGGUGUACGUCCCGACGGUGUUUGAGACGUAUGUGGCGGACAUAGAGGUGGAAAACAAGCAAGUCCAGCUCGCCUUGUGGGACACCGCCGGGCAGGAGGACUACGACCGGCUGCGCCCCCUCUCCUACCCGGACACCGACGUCAUUCUCAUGUGCUUUUCCGUGGACAGCCCGGACUCGUUGGAAAACAUCCCCGAAAAGUGGGUGCCCGAAAUCAAACAUUUCUGUCCCAACGUACCCAUCAUAUUGGUGGCCAACAAGAAAGAUCUGCGCAACGACGAGAACGUAAAGAACGAGCUGUCCCGGCUGAAGCUGGAGCCCGUGAAGGCAGAGGACGGCCGGGCCAUGGCCGCGCGCAUUGGCGCAUACGACUAUUUGGAGUGCUCCGCCAAGACCAAGGACGGGAUCUGGGAGGUAUUCGAAACGGCCACAAAGGCGUCUUUACAAAAACGGAAAGUAGCCUCGGGGAGUUGUCUCGGCUGCUGUGUUCUGAUGUGAGUCCGUCGCUGUCCGAGAGCACCGCGACGCGCCGGGAUACGCGUCCGAACAUGUGCGGCGCAAUGGCCGUGGUUUGGUUACUCCCAUGUAGCCAGAAGACCUCGGUGGAACCAAAACGGAUGAACUGCAAACAAAAGUUGUUUUGAAGACACUCGGAUGUUCAUCUGAAUAUCGGCGUUUGUGUUUGUGUGCGCGUUUGAGAGAGAACAAGAGGGAGAGAAAUGCACCGGUCGCGGCGUGUUGAUCGCAGGUCACAUGGUGCCGAUGUGAUAGGGAUAGAGGGGUAAAAAAGACAAAAGACUUCAAGUCAGCAGACUCCUUAAUCACACCUGUCUAAUGUGGACAUGUCUUUUACUAAAGGCCUGCUUUUGAGCCUCUGUUCUUUGAGUUUGCAUAGGUCACUGCCUUACUGCCUAAGGUUACUUUGUAAAAAGCAAAUAUUGCACUCGUUUAUGUUGUAAAUACCUAUUUAGUUUGUGAAAUUGCACAGCAGAAUAUCCGUUUGAUACGAAAGACAUAGCUUAUGUUUACAGUUAAAAAAGUCAGGUGGAACCAAAUCAAGAAAUGUUUAUGACUCCAUAGUAUUUAAUGUCUAGAGGGAGAUGUUAGUAAUUUUUUUGCAAUAAGCCAAAUACCAUUGUAGGCCUGGGAACCAAUAUGUGGUUGGGCACGUUUUUAGGUCAAUGUAUUUUCAAUUUUUCUUUAAUUUAAGUUAGAUAAUUACGCUUCUACCUGGCGGCUACAAUGACUCAAUUGAGGAGGAUAUCCAUAAAAGUUACAUUUUGAUUAUGGAUUACACAACAACGCACGGGAAAAUACAUUGUAGCUUGUAAGAGGGAAGCAAAAGAGGGGAGAUGCUUCGUCAUCACAGCUCACCAUUUCCUACAGUAUCCCUCCAUGUUUCCUAACGAUUAACUCUGUCUGCCUCUAAUAAGGUGGAGCUGUCUCUUCAGUCUCAAAGAGUCCAAAAAUCCGUCUGUCAGUUUCUCGGUUUACAGGUAUGAUGGCAAUAGCUGCAAGAGGAAAUGGAGCAUUUGGGUGCUUUGCACAGUGAAAAGCUUCAAAGUAUGAUGAAAAGAAGGCUAUGUCAGCUCUUAUGAGCUAGUAGCACACACUCUCAUGUGAUUACUGCUAUUCCAAAUAAUAUAUAAUUAAAACGUAUAACAUUUACACAACAUAAAAAGGGCUAUUCCUUCUCACUAAGACCAGAUCAAAUUAGACAUGUAAAUUGUGAAAUGAUAAAAAGAUUGUUUACAGCUGAACUAUGACUCAUUGAAAAGUACAACCUUUCCAACAAAAUCUCUUCUAUUAUGACCAUGUAAUGUACCUCCCAUUGAUUUUUUUUUUUUCCAAAAAUAUUGCUAGUUCUGUGACGUUAGCAACGCAAACAGUGUUGUGUUGCUGUUGUCUUUUACACAAUACUAGGAGUGCUGGUUUCGAAUGACUGCAAUGAACAUCAAUUACUGCGGGUGUUGCAACCCUCGUGAAUCCAGGUUUAAAACCCGGUUGGCUUUAAGAUGUUAUCUUCAUAUUUCUCUUUAAACAUUAUUUAUUUUCUUCGGUGGUUUAUUGAAACACUACAAAACAUCUGAGUUUGAAAAGUAAUCUUUUAUAUAUUCACUACAUUGGGUUUAAAGUACCAUUCCUUGACUGGCUGUCGUUGGGCUUUUUGCUUUACUUAUAGGAGAGGAAUGCAUUGUGCUAGACUGGUUAAUUUUCCCACACUGCCCCCACCCUUUCCUUUCAUGUGUCUCUGAUUUAGGUUAUUAUUCCCUGGUCAGCCUGAGCAUCUUUUUUCUCUGUUAUAACUUGAAGAAUAAAUCUAUGAUACCAUAGAGAAGGAAAAUAACGAGAAUGUGCCAAACACAUUUGGUUGUUAAUGUAAUGGCAUCAUUUCCAGUUUGAAUGGUACAGCGUUCUUUGUUUUGUGAGAAAAGAAAUACACAAUGUAAGAAAACAAAUGGUACUGUUUUGGGAAAGUCAAUAAAAAUAUCAGUGUGUGUCACCAAC